UGUGACAUGCAUAACUUGUGUUGUACUAAUGGAAGCAAGUAACUACUUCUGACGAAUCCUAAUUAGACGUUUAAAUAACAUAAAGAAAACUACUGACCUUGUACAGAAGCUUAUCCACUAGCAGUCAAGUAAUUCGCAUAAAAUAGAUUCCAAUUGGGGGUUGUUUCGAAACUGGAUUUCAGUGUAGAAGUUUGCAGUGCAUUCAGAUGUGCAGGUUGCCACGAUUCACAGGUGCCCAUAGACUCAAGGCUAAGAGAAACUAGUGUUUUGUGUGUCAUGUGAUGAUCAUUAUUAUUACUACCACCUGCAUUCACCAUCACAACAUACAAAUCUAAUAAAAACACCGAAACUUUAAAUUCAACUAAAUAUUUGCAGUGUAGAAGUGUCUGUAUUUUCGUCUGUUUGGAUAACUUAGUCUUGAAUGUUAGAGGACGAAUGUUUGGUGAAAUGAAGACCACCACUGUUUGUACUGUGACUGGAUUUAUCAAUCGAAAGUUCACCUGGUAAGCCAAAGGUCUCAGUAAGCAGCGUAGCAUAUGAGAUUUCUGAGAUAACGUGAGGUAGGGUGUGAUUUAUCCUGGAACAAUAAUUAUCCCGAUAGAAUAAGGAUCUUUUAACUACUUCUAGGACCUUUAAGGAGAUAAGAAUACCAAGAACACUGUUAACUGAUAUUAUUAAUACCUGGUACACGUUAAUUCUGGUAAUACGUGGACUGAGAAUUACGAGCAUACAAUACUGAAAGAGUAACAUACAAUGAAGUUAUGUAUAUUGUAUUUCAGAACUUUCCGGUUUAUGAACAUUAACUCAUGGGUGCGAGUUACAAUCCAGUAGAUUAAGACGUUCCCCUAUUGAGAAAAUGAAAUUGUACAGCUAAUUAUUGUAGAAAAAGUAUCCUACAGUGAUUCAACACCACCACAACUUCCGGAACAUAUUGCUGUGACAGACAUCAACUGUAAUGACAUAGGAGUGAUUAUGACCUCAGGUGUGCAUGAAUAAAAGCAACGCAAUGACUUAAUACAUCCGCCCUCAUCAUUGCUGUAAAGGAUCAGACAAACAAAUAUCAUCAUAUCCUUGAAUUCCUCGGAAUAGUUAUUUUUUAAAAUAUCAUGGCUUAGAAUAAUCUCUCCAUGUGAUCCUCAAAUUGUGAGUGUGUGACUCAAAUUCAAUUCAAAAUGUCUGCAUCUGAGUGUGGUCGAGCUCGUAAUGUUUUUGAUGCUCUACUGACAUUUGUGAAAGUUGAAAAAGAUGAACCAGUUACUUCAUGUAGCCAGGUGACUUCAUCUUCAGAUGACAACAGUGUUCCACUGAUAAUUAAACCGGAACCUGUUGAUUCAUUGGAAGCCAAUGCACAACAUAAUAUCCACUCGUGUCACAGCAGUACUCGAACAUCCAGUUUUACAACUACUCUUGACACUAGCCAUGUGAAUAACUUUGUAAACCAAGUGCCAGUCAUUCGUGAAAACACUUGCCUAGUUGACGCUGACUCCAGCUGUCGGUCGUCCAACAAUUCGGAUGCUUUGCAGUCAGUAUCCACUCCUACUGUGACUGGAACAAGCACUUCUUCCGAUUCAAUCAGUUCAGUACAUGAUAAGGCUUCAAGCAACCUUUAUUCUUCCGCGGCUCAAGUGGCUAUUUCCAGCGUUACUUCGGUAACGUCGCUUACAGCUUCAUCAAUCAUAGAAAAUGUCUUUGCAGAAUCUAAAUCACCUGGGAAUGAUGUAAAUAAUUUGUUUUCUCUUCCUCUUCGAUUGUCAACUGGUUUUGUUAGUGAUACGCACAUUGAAAAUCCUUUGAUACGUGAAUAUGUCAACCAGAAGUGUAAUAGACUACGAUAUCCUCUUCAGUUGGCUUUAGAAAUGUCGAAAUUGUAUUCACCAUCAAAGUUGCCUGUGAUAUCGACAGACAAGUCGCCUAUUUCGUGUGAUCAGUAUGAAAGUUCAUCGUACAAUAUUCAGCAACCGGAUCGUGGGUACUUGGAAAUAGAUGAUAGUCAUUUCAGUGUUAAUUCUUCCACUCUACCUGCCAAAACCAGUACUGUAAUGGUGCAUAACACGAGUCAACCUCGUACAAAAGCUCAACUGCGUGAAGUAAGCACUAUAAACGAGUCAACUGAGACAACACCAGAAAAGAUUACAUCAGAAAAUUGUAACAAUGAGUGUAUACAAUCAGAAGGCUGUUUGUCACACAAAGAAAAUAUGGAGGUAUCAACUUCUGAGGUUGUAGUCGUGUCUGAUGACGAGGAGAUAUGCGAAUCCUGUAGCUGAAGCACACCGUGAAAGUUUGUCUACAGUGAGAAGAAAUAAACGUGGUAGGCGGUCUCAACGGUUACAGAGUAGUUGUGGAAAGCGAAGAAGAAUAUCGUCUUCUACAGCAUCCCGGUUACAGCCUACGACUGCCUCUGAAUGCUCACCAAUGUCGAAAGAACAGUUAACCAGACUUAAAUCGAUGUCAUCGCUUGAUCUGGUUGGAAAUGAAGAUGCUAAACUUUUAAGAAUGCCGUAUUGUGUUUGUACGUAUGCAUCGCAAUCUGAGAAACAUAAAAUGAAAUCUCAUUUACUACUUGGCGAUGUAAUACGAGUUUUAUAUUUGUUACUUACAAAUCGUAAACACCAGCCGAUUGCUUUACAAGUAUUAAAACACUGUUGGCUAUUCUGUCAUCGAGUUCCCCUAGCUGAUAUACGUCUUUUUACAUUGAGUGGUGGUUUAUCAUCACGAAACUCUGCUCAUCUGUCUCAGUAUCCAUUGGUAAUUUCAGAGCCAUCACUACUAUUUGUUGUCCGAUGGUCCUCUGACAGUUUGUUGAAGCAGACACUAGACAUUGCCCAUAGCUGUCUACCACGUGACCGAUGCUGGUACAAUUGCUGCUCAGAAAGACUUCUACAGGCAUUAUCACGUUUAAUAUUCAGACCUGAUGCGAAAAAGUACAUUUUAAAUGUGUCAAAAUAUCUUUCAUCGAAAUGUCGACAGAUUUCAAAUGCUUCUUCUUCAUCGUCAGCAGCACCAUUAGAUGUGUUGUCGGAUCGAAACGAUCGUGAUGAUAGUGAUGAUGAUUUUGAGUUACCUGCACCUAAUCCGGUGGAUGAUAAUAUUAUGCGUGAAAGAAAUUUACACGUGGAAUUGUGCAAGUGUCUUCCUGAGUCAGUUUCGUGUUUCCUAAGAAGGAAGAUCGGCCUAGAUUUGCACCACACUGCGUCUUUCGGAUUUCUAAUUGGCUCUUUUCAUAAUACAUGCCUACAUGUUCUGAGUGAGGCUAAGAAGACUCCAGGUUGUAAUUCAAAUGCUCAAAUAGACAAGAGUGUCUCCUUGAAUCUGUUCAGUAGUAUGGAAUGUCUACAUCGAGUUAUAUCUGUUUGUUUGUGUCGAUUAUGUGAUUCGUAUGCAUCACUUAUGUCAGCUGGUGCUUGUUUGAAGGCGAGGCAUAAACUCGCAAAUACAGACACUAAUUCUGUUCAAUCACGUUCUUCUAUGCGGCUAGCUCGUGGACGAGCUCGUCUUUUUGAAUCGGAAUCAUGUGCACGAGAUAACGUUAUUCGUAUAUUAAGGGAAGAGGUUUGUGUUCCUCUCCGUAAUGUGUUCAAUUUCCUGGAGAAAAUGUAUCACACGUUGUGUAGUAUAACAUCGAGUGAUUUCUUGCUUAUCCCUUUCUUUGGUUGUGACAACAAGGAUACUAGUUUACUGCCUUCAAAACAGUGUGUAUUCGAUUCCAUUGUAAAUAAACGAGGACUUGUUAACUUGAAUGCGUCAUCAAGAGAGCAGCGGGAUUUUGAGACCUUCACGAAUAUUGCUUUCUUCUUACUCAAGUAUCUCACCACCAAUGUCUUCGAACAUAUUAGUGGUCUGUGUGAAAGUGUGUUUUCGUUGAAAGAGGAGUUAUCAAAGACUUAUUCCUCCAUAAUGGAGACUUGGGUGCCAGCAUACAAAGAGCAGCUUCCCUCUGUUAGUCCACGUGCUGAUGUUGAUUUGAAGUAUCUCUUCUCAUCUUUGCAGAGUCAAUAUGAUGCAAUUGAGGCUUGGAGUCGACGUCAACAUGAGGUAGAAUUGAAGCAGAUCAGUAGGACUAUGAUUACUUUUCUAAGACAACUUUAUGAUUGUUGUAAAUGUCGGUUUCUGUGUGACGAUUUAAAGUUACCAUGCCGUAGUUUAGAUAUUCCAUAUGGUUCAAAAAAUAGUUCAUCCCAGUCUGUGUUGAAUAAGUUCAAUGUGAAUGCUAUAUCACCAUGGCCACCGCAACACUUAACUUUUGUUCCAGCCGAACAUCCAAUUCAAGGAAACUCAGCCAGUGAUCUAAAUAAAACUGUUUCUUCAACAAGCGGUGAUUCGGCGGAAGACUUUGUUUAUUCGAAAGGGACAUUUUCACGUGAUUCCUUGGGGAAGACGUUGAAAUCUAUGGUAAUCACAGUGCAUACUCCAAAAGUCAGUAGCAGCAGUAGUAGUCAAAGUGAAAGGCGUAUCUCACGUGAUGAGGUCGAUGAUGCUAAUGCAAGACUGCUCAGUGAUGGGUGUGCUGGAGUGAAAUCUUCCAUAUCACACUCCGUUAAUCCGUGUUCCCCUAAUAUAAUUCCUCAGAAAAGAUUUCUUAUUACUGUUAAGCAAACAAGUUCAAAGAAUGUUACAAGUAUGUCACCUAACACCUCCUCAUCUUUAGAUUCUAAUUCUCUUCGAACCACAGAGGUGAUAAAUUCGUCAGAAUCUUCUGUUUCGGUGAAUGAAAGUACUACUGAUAAGUCAGAAUUGAAUUCUUCAAAGUUAGUUACUGAGAUUGUUGUGGAUGAUGUGUCAUCACUUGAGAGCUUUUCAAAUCCCUUAUCAUCAGGAAAUGCUUGUAAUAAUAGUCCUACUGAAGUUGAUGUCGCGUGCAGAGAAAAGGGAUCUGUUAGAAACUCAUAUGAUUGUGAGAGAGAAGUUAACGGUAGCCAGUGUUCUCCUCAACCGGUUCAGGUGUGCAGUCCUGUGGUGUCAAAAGACAGUGAUACGUCAUCGGUCGUCACUAGUGCAUGUGAUUCAUGUGGAAGUGCUUCUCAAAUGUCAAUUGAUUCCCGAGGUGAAUCAUUGGCUCAGAGUGCUUCGGUUGGUGUAAGUGGAACAACGGAAUGUGCUCAUUCGGAAAACUUUUCAUCAGGCAGUUGUAUGUUGGUCUCAACACAUAGUGAAUGUAAUGAAUCUGAAGCGCAGUCUGUCCCAUCAAACGUUGAUGUGGACGGACUAUCUUCUGUGUGUGUUACAAGCGAUGAUGUUGAGAAUAUGUCUUCACAGCCUCACACAGCUGAACCUACGGAAGAUGUUGACGUCACUUCAAAUAAUUCUGUUCCUUCGUCUAAUUCCGAUGGGAUUCCAGAAAGCCCAGGUGCUUCCACAAACAAUCGCAAUUCACCUUUGAAGGAUUCGAGUUGCCAAGAUGAUCAUGAUGAAGAGCCGACAUAUUCUCUUGAGAACAAUUCCGAUGAGAUAUCAGAAAGUGGAUCCCAGUUGUCGUCUGUUAGUACCGUUGUCUCAAUAAACCGGGAGAAAGAAAAGUCAAUAAAGAAGGUGUGCAUUUAUUUACCCAGUAAUACUGUUGCUAACUUUCCUAUUAAGAAUAUUGUCUGUCAAUGUAGUAGUGGGGAAGAGCAUUCAGACUCUGAUCAGGUGAACAGUUGUACAAUGACUCUUGAUAGACGGCGAGUUGGGAAACUGAAACGGAAGCUGAAGAAGUUGAAUCACUUACCUGUUGCUGAAACGAAUACUUCUGAAAUCUCAGAAACGAAUUCCACCUCACAAAUUGAAAGUCCCUUGUGCUCGAUUCCGUCAACUAGCAACAGUUUUUCAUUGAUGGAGUUUCCAAAUAGUUCACAUAAUUUGACUAAUAUCCGUGUGAAGCAACCGUUAAGUGAUCUUGUGUCUCUGCCUUUUUGGCUGCAGGAGAAAUCUCUGAAUUCUGAAGCUCCUGGACCACUAACGGCUUCUGUAUUAGGACUGUCUGUGUCCCCACUUUCAACUAUUUCAGUUGACCUGACUUCUGAUGAAUAAAAUCUCAUCUUUUCUACAGAUUAGUGUUAUUGUUCAAGAUCUUAUUUACAACGUCCUUGACUUGUAUAAAUGUGUACAUAAUGCACUUGUGAUAUCUAUCGAUUUAUAAACGAAGAUUUAUUUUGUGUAUACGAUUGUGUUUAUUGCUAUUCAUUACUUAUUUUUUCU